GCUUCGCCUCACGUCAUUAUUGCACUUGGAUUUGGUACAUGUAUUUUUUUGCUAGUGGAAAAUAGUAAGAUUUUUACGCACUUUUUCACUUAGAUUUUGUUUUUAUAAAACGUGAUUUAUUUUAUUUAUAAUAAUUUGGUAAAAUGGGAAAUAAAAAACAAAAACUAUCCAAAGUGAAAAAAAAUAGAGGAAAUGUUUCAUCACUUUUAAAUUGGCAAACUCAUCGCAUACAAAAAACAGAUAACACCGAUAGUUUGACUAUUCCAAUUGAAGGUCAAAAUAACGAGUAUGUAGAACAAAGUAGUAUUGAAUUAAUAAAUACCGAUGAUAUAGAAAUAGGUUGCAAUAUAUUAUCUCCGUCGACAUCAAAUAUUAAUCACAAUAUACUUGAUUCGAAGUAUAAAUUGCUUGUGACAAAUACAAAUGAAAAUAAACAAGUACAGUAAGUAAAUAAUCUUUAUACC